CGUCGCCUGCCGCCGCCGGGCCAUGGCAAGGCCAGGCUCGCCGCCAAAGGCUCACGGCAGGCGGCACCGAGGCCAAGCGCCGCGCCGCGCCGCGCCCAUCCCAGGCCCGCCCGAGAAGGUUGGCCCCUCCGCGGGCGGGAGCCGUUGGGGCCUACGGACCCUCCGCCGGGCGAGCCCGCAUGGUGACGGCCGCCGGGCUCGGGCGCGUCCCUCCGCUGCUGGGGUGGGGGCUCUGGGUCGCUCCUGUUCCGCGAUCCUGGGCGGGGCUACGCUCCGGGGGGCAUCCUGCUGGGCCGCUCGCUGCCUGGGCAAGGUUGCCCGAAGUUCGCCGCGCCCCCGGCUUCGUGCCCAGCGCUGGGGCUUGGGGGUUCCGGCCCCGCUUGCCGAUCUCUGCCGCUCCGCCUCCCUGCCCGCCUGCCCGCCCGCCCGCCUCUGGCUGUUGACAAGCCUCGGCACCAGGAAGUCCAGCCCCCUCCCAACCAGCUGACUGGCUGCACGCGCCCCCCGCCACUGUUGGGCCCCAGCCAGAGCGGGCUUAACCCCUCCCGCUCCGGCGGCCUUAACCGAUCGGCUCCUGUGUCCCUUGCGCCACUCCGGGGAUGAGGCCGCCUCUGUCGGGCUGGAAGAGAGAUUUGCCCAGCGCUGGGGGAGGGAAGGGGUUGGACCAACCUGGGGCUUCCUCCUGGUACUACAACUCCCAUCAGCCCCAGGCGUCAAACAGGCAUGCUGGCUGGGGACAAUGGGAGCUGUAGUCCCAAGCACGGGGCGGGCACCAGGUUAGGGAAGGUCCCCACACAGAGAGGCAGUUAGCAGCUGAUGUGAAACAGAAGCCUCCUUGCACCUUGGCGCGCCAAUCCAGGCGGCCCAGCUCUGCCUGGUUCUGGCUCCUGCCCUAGGCUGGCUCUGAAGGCGUGUGGGAUUGCUUAGGGAGCUGCCCUUAAAGGGCGUGCUGGACUAGAUAGGCCUCUGGGCUAUGGUUAUGGCUAUGGCCAGGGUUAUGGUGUUCGUUGACCUGCAAGCAUGUGCAGAAUGCGUUUCCCUCACCAAUGAAUCAUCAUAGCCAGCGCUCAGGCGCGUGGGCUUCCGCACAGACUUACCCUCCAGUGCUGUGCCUCGCCAAAGGGUCAGAGAAGGCUCCCGGGCCGUCCAUCCUGCAGGCAGGCCGGUUUCCCCACAGCCCCAGCCAGCCUAAGCCACAGAUUCCCAGUAAGCGCUUCACGUCUGGGCUUGCACAGGGGCUGUGGGCUGCGGCUGACCCAAACACCCUUGUCCCCCUGCCCCUGCACGAACCGGAUCCUCACACCUCCAGAGAGGGGGAAGCGGGGCAGAGACUAUCCUCCCUGCAUCCUUUGCUUUGCCGGAGUCACGGGGAGCAGGAUGGGACCCUCCAUAGAGCUUGGAUCGUCAGACGAAGGCGGGAAAGGACCACCAUAGACUGAAAAGGAAAGGAAAGGGGGGAAAGCACCCUGCUUCAAGAGGGAUGACGCAAGGGAGUCUUUAUUGUGCCCCGAGCAUGCACAGAGGGCCUUCCCCUCUGCUCUGAGUCACCAAAGUCAGGGCCUGCUCCAUGGCAUUAAGAAGAAAGGCCAACUAAGGGAGAGGCCACGAUUUCUAGGGGGGCUGCCAGUCCGCCCCACCCCGCUUCCACUUGACCUCCAGAUUGCCAGGUUGUUUCAUCCAGGACAGAGUUGGAAAAGUCGGGCGGUCCAAGGGCAGCACAACCAGAGGCUCUUCCCAAGGCCUGCUGAAGCACAGCGCCCCCCCUCCGGGUGCUCCCCUCCCACCGCCUGUCAGACAGCAGAAGAUGUAUGCAGGCCCCCAGGAAGUUUUGAUCUCCGUGUUCCUACAGUUCAUUGAGGAUCGGGGCCGCUGGGCCUACAGGGCCCUGAGCCAGACGUGCCACCCCCAGGAGCAGUUGCACAACGAAAUGAACCUGCUGUACCGCAAGAGCAAGGUGGAGUGGAAACAGAGCAAGGACGAGGAACCCAAGAAGAGUUCAGCUAAGGAGCCCAGCGUGGGGAAGGUGCGGGACGUGGCCUCCUUCCGUCGUCACUUCAGGAUGGGGUUCAUGACCAUGCCAGCCUCACAGGAACAUGCCCCGCACCCCUGUGCCAGCAGCAUGGCGCCCCGCUCCCUCUCUUGCCACUCUGUGGGCAGCAUGGACAACAGCUCAGGGGAUGGAGCUGCUGGAUCUCACAAGCCACCUGCUAAGCCCAAGCGCCACCCCAGCACCAAGCUCAGCGCUGAGGCCAGGACUGCCUUGGAACCAGCAGGGAACAAGAGAGGAAGUAAGGACGGGAUGGUGCCAUUCUGCAACAAAGGGCCAAAAUGCACAGGGGGUUCCCAAAAGUCAAGUGCAGAGAGCCGAGAAUCUGGGCGCAAGGUACCCCCACAGAAGCCAAAACGCAGCCCUAACACCCACUUAUCUGUCUCAUUUGAUGAGACUUAUUCGGGCCGACUCCCAGGCCCUGCUCCAGCUGGGCCAAUGCAGCGCUAUGGCCGCGCCUUCUCCCACAGCCAAGCAAAGGGCUCUGAUGCCGAGGAGGAUGAGCCUGUCUACAUCGAGAUGGUUGGGGACAUUUUCCGGGGACCUGCCCUCCCCUCUCAAGUGCCCCCCACAGCAGAUGAAGACUCUGACGAGAGUGAAGCCAUUUACGAGGAGAUGAAAUACCCACUCCCCGAAGAAAGUGGGGAGUCCCGCCCCAAUGGGGCCCCAGUAUCCCCCCGUCACCGCCUUGCCAAGCGGGAGGCUGCCAAGGGAGCGGUGCCAACUACCAAGACAUCCCCGUGCGAGAUCCCACCACCUUUCCCCAAUCUCUUGCAGCACCGCCCUCCCCUCCUGGCCUUCCCCCAGGGAAAGAAAGGAUACAAAUCCACUGGACAAGAUGGCUCCAAGCUGCCUGUUCUGUGCCACACCAAGGACGCACCAUCUGCCCCCAUGACGCCACAGGUCCCCAGUCACCACCACCAUCAUCCACGGAGUGGUGAGACAACCGCCUUGGGGCCCUCUGGCCGUGCCCGCAGCCACUCCACACCACUCCCUCCACAGCCCACUGGACAGAGCAAAGCAGAAAAGGAACUCCCCAAUUCCCACAGCAUGAUCUGUCCACCAGCCAAGCAGUCCCCCAUGCCGGCACCACCUGCGGCCUCCAUCCCUUCCAUGCUGCCGGUGAAAGAGAAGCCGGCCGUUUCCUACACCAUGGUUUACUCAGCAGUCAAGGUCACCACACACACCGCCCCAGCUGAACAGAAGACUGAGAAAGAGAUUUCAGUGCUGCAUGGCCUGCUGUGUGCCCGCCCGUCCACUGUGCCCUCUUGUAAACAGGUGCAGCGGGCAUGCACGCUGCCUGACCGCCCACCUCUGGGCAUGGUCUGGACGUACCCUGCACCAUGUGCAGGCAUGAAGCGCCCGCCAGCAUAUGAGAGCAUCAAGAAUGUGGGCACCAAAGCUUCAUCCGCAGUUAAGAUCCAGCUCCAGGAGCAGGCAUUCACCAGCAUCGCCUGCUCCCAUGUUUUGUCCAGUGAGGGAUGUGUCCGGCCCCCGUCAGGAGAAGAGGAGUCCUUUGGAUGGGUCCUGCAGCACAGAAGGACGGGCUAUGCUAGCCAGAAAGGCAAAGAACCAGACAAAGCCACAGAUUGCCCACAAGGAUGGGAUGGUGGCAACGGUGCACAGCCCAACACGGAAAAGGAAGAGAAGGCCCAGCCUGCCCUGUUGCAGUCAAACAUCCCAAUCCGCACCCCAGGGCUAGACGGUCUUGCUGCCAAGAUGCCCACGGGGAGGACAAACUUACCCAUUCCCUGCCAGACCUUUCCUGCCUGUCACCGUAAUGGAGAUUUCACUAGUGGUUACCUUCUGGGCCGCUCAGCAUCCACCUCUGGCGUCCGACAUGCCGUGAUUCACACGCAGAGGCCAUGUAGCCAUUCCCAGGACCCAGCCAGCCUGGCCUUGCAGCACGCACAGCUGCCGGCACCAGGGGUCCCCCAGAGCACCCGGGAGAGGGAUGGGAAGCUGCUGGAGGUCAUUGAGCGCAAGCGGUGCGUCUGUAAAGAGAUCAAAGCACGGCAUCGUCCUGAGCGAAGCCUGUGCAAACAGGAGAGCAUGCCCAUCCUGCCCAGCUGGCGGAGGAACACAGAGAACCGCAAGUCUGGGACGCCGCCCUGCCGCCGCCAGCAGACGGUGCUCUGGGACACGGCCAUAUGACAGUAGGUGGGGGCUGAGCCCCAAGGAACCAGUGCCUUGUGCUGGCCCAGCUGAACACGCCGUCGUUGCGGGGCUGACUGCUGGCAGCAUGGUGCCCUGCCUGUUCGCCCGCCUGCCUGGGACUAACCAGGGACUGCUUGGGCGGAGUGCUCCUUGCUGAGCUGUGACUUUUGGCGGAGGGUGAUGAUGAUACCCUGGAUGAGAGAGAGAGAGAGAGAGAGAGGGAUGCUGGAAAUGCCAGGCAAGACACACACGCCCUGGCAGAGAACCAGCUUGUGCUGCCUCACUCUGAGAAACCCCUGCAUAAGUGGCCACAGCCACAUUCCAGAGGCAGCUGCAUAUCAGAGUCAAGCAAGAUUGCCUGUUUGGAACAGCUGCUCCCACACACCCCAGAGCCAGCUGCAUCUAUGCCAACUGACGGACAUCUAAGACACCAACACUCGCCUUUCUAGGAGGGGGGGGGCAGGUGUAGCCAUGCUGUAGUUGCGUGUGUCAAGCUAAAGAAAGCUGCCUCCUUCUUUGCCAAAAGAUGAUGUGGUUAAAAGUGCCAGGGGCACUUCCAAUCCUUCACACGGUUUUUUUCCUUCCAUCUCUAAAAAUGCCACUUUGGGGGGGGGGGAGGACUGCAACUUCACAUGGGGGACUGAUUGAGGUGCCUAAAAUUUCUCCUGCUCCCUGAACAGUUUGGGAGGAAGGAGGGGGUGGGAGAGUCUGAGUUCCCAAACCUGUGGUGCUGAGUUUUUGGCCAUCUAGUUCCCAGAGAAAGCAAACAAGCAAGCUGCCAUGGUGAGUCAGGAGCAAAGUCUUCAUGUUCCACCCCAAUGCUUGGGUUGGCAUAACCUCUGACUGAGCCAAUAAUAUUUAUCUGGUAGUUUUACACAUUUCUUUGCAGCAGAGGGAAGUUGAAAUUUAAUUUUCAUAUCAAACCUAAACCAUAGAGCUGACUUUUGUCUCUGUACACAGCUGUGGGCUUUCUUGCCUGCUGUCAGUUCUCAGCUCUCUAAAAAGAUAUGAGCCCCAUUUGGUUACAAAAUAAAUAAGCAAAAACAAGCCACUUUCAGCCCAGCACUGAAAUUAUACAAACAUAGUUUUCUAAUCCAUUAGAUCUGAGAAAAGGUGAAAGAAUUUUGGUGGAAAAUGCACUUCUUUAGAACCAGGAAAAAUCAAAUCUAAUGUUUUCCCAUGUAGCAAACAUGUUCAUUUAGCAUCAUUUAAUGUCCUUUUUUUCUUCUUGCUUUCUGCCCCAAAUUUCUCAAUUUCUGGCUAAUUUUUAUUAGUUUGAAAGCUGAUACUUUUGAGAUCCAGCAGGUUUGGCUGAUUUUAUAGACUAAAGGCACAAAAAUGGACCUUGCUCAGCCUUUCAUCUCCCAUUGAUUCUACUUACUUAAAGUCUGCUUAAAGAAUUCCUUUAGGGUAAUUCAGUUUUCCUGCCAAGAGAAGCAAAAUGGAAAAUGUAAGAGUCUGUAGAAGAUUUUACUGGAAAUGGCAUAUUCUUAGGACCUGGCACAGAUUUACACGAUUGUACUAUUACUCUGCCACAAUUCAAAGUAUGCGGUUGAGAAAACAGAGAUGGGGGAACUGCCUUGAUGCAUUUCAUGCUCUCUGGGCGCAUAAGAGGUGAAAAGUCUCCAUUCUCAGUUCAAAUUAGCUCCUUGCCAUGGCAAAAGAUUCUGGUCUUCUCUGGGCACUGGAGGACUCAAGAGCUCGGAGGGCUUUAUUCAUAGCAGGUUAAACACAGGGUAAAGAACAUGAUGUAAACUAGUGCCAGACAUCAUAAUACGCUAAGUGUGACAUGCAUUAAACACUGCAUACUUGGGGAGGGAGGAGGGGAGCAGGGAGAAACAUAUUUAGACAUUGCCCAUUUCCCCCUUCACAGAGCUAGUCAACAGAGUCAACUGUGGGGGAGCCCCAGAAGACCAGCUAGCAUUGACCAGCCUCCCCACUUCAAUUCAUUAAGUAACCCUUUGAAACUCACACUGAUGUAGAUCAUUAACGGCGCAUCCAGACUGCCUGCUUAUUUCCAGGGGGCAUCCAACCACACAGAGGCAAAUUCAAGUUGUACAAUUAUAGCUGACUGGGAGCUCUUGCACAACACACUCACUUCCCCCUCAAAAUGUAGGACUUUUUAUGAUAAGGAAAGCGAGGGAGAAUGCACCGGAAAGUGUGUGAGAUAACACUUGCUUUGAUUCGAUGCCAUCUAACCUCCUGACAAACAAAUCAGGAUGAAUAUUCAUUAAAUGGUUCAUGUAAAUUAAUCUCCCCACAAACAAAUCAGGAUAAACACUGAAUAAACAGGUCAUCUGGAAGCAUCCUAAAUCAGUGUGGGAUUUGUCAAAGCAACAUCAUACUUAUCCCUUUAGCAGUCCACAUUCCCCUCCUGUUGCCUCGCUUGCCCCACUCCCUGUCCACCUGCCCCAUCCUCUCCACAGAUACCAUCUUUUCCUCCUGAUCCUCUAAAUGUCCUCCAUAUCCUUCCUGUUGCCUGGCCUCAACAUAACCUGCCCCAGGUUAUGGCUUCUGUUUCUGCAGUCAGUGUUUUUAUGGCAAACAUCAAGCAGGGAAGUCUAUGGGUAUUCCCAAAAUUACAAUCCCAUCCAUCUACAUAAGCAUUUUUGAUCAGUGUGUUUAAAAUCUCAUCUUUAGCCAACCUAAAAUGGUUGGGGGGGUCUUAGAACUUACUUGCCGCCCUGGCUCCUUCUGGGAGGAAGGGCGGGAUAUAAAUUUAAUAUAUAAAUAAACUUGUUCAUGUCCAUCCCAGCACCAUCGAACACAUCCUUUCUCUCAUGUCUACUUCCAACUAAGUGUGAAUCCAUUUGCCACAAUUUCCUGUUAGCGUCCACAAGACACGGCUGGACCGGUUGAGGCGCUGGCAUGAACUAGCAACUAGGGUUACAAAACCACCGUAAGGCGCGUGGGGGGAGGGGGAGCCCAGUUGAGAGUCCUGGGUUUUAUGUAACCCGAUUUAAUUAUUUCACAAGAUUGUCUAGCGUAGCAAGAUGAUGAAACUGCUUUGCAAAAAUAUUUAUGCUGGGGAUUCAUGGGAGGGUAUUUAUAUAUUAACAAUGAUGGAAAGAAAAUAAAACUGUCAC